AUGCUCCAGGACGUCGAGGACGCCUACACGCUUUACCAGAAUUCGGUCACCAAUCUCCUCCAUCUCCUGUCCAAUCCUCUCAUCCUCGCCCACACAGCUCCUCACCUCUCCGCUUAUGAUCGCCUGAGUCUUGCCUCCACGAGCCGAGCAUUCCGAGAACUGAUCAAACACACCUCUGGCGUAUUCCGCCAUCUUGAUCUGACCCACGUACGCGCGGCGCAGUUUGAAUUCGACGGCAUUGAUCGCGGUGGUGAAGUCUGGCGCAAUGUCCAACUUGAUGAGAAUCUGACCGAAGAUGAUUUUUACUCCGGGCCGUUGAGAGGCAUCUUCUCAGGCAUCCGCCGACAGAACAUCCUCCAAGAUGUCCAGACGCUGAUCCUAGACGGCUUGUCCGUAACGGCUGAGCUCUGCCACGAAAUCAUCUUCGACCCAUCCUACAACGUCCGACUCUUGUCCAUCCGCGGCGUCAAGAACCUGAACGAGCGCAAGCUAUGCGCAUCUCUUCAGUAUGCCUGCAGACCAUCGCGGCCAGAGGGAAUGCCCCGGCUGAAGGGCCUCUACGUUUUCGGUGCCAAGGACACUCCGCUGCCCUCGUUAGCAGCACCCGGUGUACCCUCUGGCACCGCUUCGCACGCAGCGCAGAUCAGCGCAGGGUGGAAUGCCAAGUCGCAGCAGGCGUUGACAUCAUCGCUUCGAAGCGAGGAAGAGGACUGGUACCAUAGGAAAGGCCGCAUCAUCGCACGUCCGCUGGUCGAGGAGUGGGCCAACACUCUGGUUGACUGCCACGGCAUCAUUGCCUUCGAUGCAGUUGCUUGCGCCGGACCUCACCAUAUGAACUCGCCUGCUUACGGCAAGGUGAGAACCCCGGCCUCAGCCCGGCACUGGGCUGUGGCGACAGUCGCCCUAGGCGGUUGUGCUGGUUGUGGUGCUGCACCCGAAGGCAUGUCAGUCCACAGCGGGACUCCGGCGGUUCAACGUCCUCUCCUGUCUCCUCCGCCUCUCCUGGCAUCGUCAGCCAAGGCCGCAACGGCACCGCAGCUCUGCACCGGAUCGGAAACGUCCUUCGUCGCUCGAUGCAUCGACUGCCUGCGAGAGAGAUACUGCGCGGGCUGCAACAAGUGGUGGUGCGAGGAAUGCUACCAGACACCCGGCACCGUGACCGAGCUGGCCGACACCGAUGUGAUCGUUGUCGAUGCCGAGGGCGGUGCUUGGGUCCAGCACCAAGAGCACGAGAGCCAGCCCAAGAUCAAGGUACGAAAUGGCGCCUGCUUCCCAGACUGCACCAUGGGCGAGGUCAUUGAUGCGCAGAGGGUGUUGCUGGGCUGA